CAUGUAAGCAACUAUUGAAUUUGUGAAAAAAUCACUUAAAUUUACCGUGUGAAUGAGGAAUCCGAUAGUAUUCGUAAGCGGUUAUUUUGCACAGACCAUUACUUGAGGUGUAAUUAUCUCGCAUAGAAAGAGAAAUGGUAAUGGCGUAAUACUUGAAUUAGUCUAUUUAUUACGUAUGAUCUUACGGGCUCCGAUGAUUUCUAAAUCGCGGCAACGUCAUGAUUCAAUGGCGGGGACAGGAGAAAACGUCAUUUUGACAGAAUGGCAGAGUAUCUCGCAUGCCAGUCUCAAUUUCUGUUGAGCGUGCGUUCUCUUUUUACUUUGUGAAAAUGGAGCGCCGUGUGUUCAGUGAACCGCGGAAAAACGACGAACGAGGAAUAAUGCCGUGAAGGAAUAUUUUCAUUGGUGCAUUCGAAAAGAAAAGUGCAUCUUGUUGGAAGCAUAUCAUACACGAGUUUUCGAAUUGCCGUCAACGGACUUCUAACCGUGACGCGGUACGGAUGUGAUGGAGGAUUAUAAAUUUCUUUUUAAAGUUGUUCUCGUGGGAAACGCGGGCGUCGGCAAGACCUGCCUCGUGCGCAGAUUUACCCAGGGCUUAUUUCCACCUGGUCAAGGUGCAACAAUAGGUGUUGAUUUCAUGAUUAAAACUGUAGAAGUAGAAAAUGAGAAAGUUAAGCUUCAAAUCUGGGACACUGCUGGGCAAGAAAGGUUUCGUUCGAUAACUCAAAGCUAUUAUAGAUCAGCUCAUGCUUUGAUUCUAGUAUAUGAUAUUUCUUGUCAGCCUACAUUUGAUUGUUUACCAGAUUGGUUAAGAGAAAUUGAAGAAUAUGCAAGUAACAAAGUUCUUAGGAUAUUAGUAGGUAAUAAAAUUGAUCGGGAAGAUAGGGAAAUACCAACACAUGUAGGAGAAGACUUUGCACAAAGACAUGGAAUGUACUUUUUGGAAACUUCUGCUAAGGAAGCAGAGAAUGUAGAACGGUUAUUUAUGGAAAUUGCAGCUGAACUCAUGGAGCAAGCACGUAGUAAGGAACUACCUAGAUACGAAACAAAUACAACAUCGAUAAAUGGAAAAACGACAGCAAUUGGUGAUACAAGUAACUGUGGUUGUAGUCGACUUUCUUAAGUAGCUUUUAUAUGUAAUAUUAAGUCAUUUAACAAACACAAAAUUUCAUUUGUUGUAUAUGUACGUAGGAGACUGUCACACAGUUUUUAUAGGGAAUGGAAAUUAAAUAUGAUAUUAACCAGUCUUCUAGAAUUAAAAGGAAAGACAAUUCUCAUACCAGCACGUCUUUGAUAUUAUAUGUUAGCAUCUAGUGUUAUAUGAUACAAAUUAUAUUAACAGUUUUGUUGCAAAAGUAUUUAAUACUUGAAACUAAAGUGAAUUUUAAGUAUGUUGAUAAAUAUUUGUUCAGAAAAUAGUAUGUUUUUUGAUUUUAUGUGACUACAUUAUAUGGGUAAUAAAUAAUUUGGGGCCUGCGGUUGGGCAUUUAAUAAUAUUUCCAUAAAUAGAAUUACACUAUAUUUUUUUAUAGUAUUCUUUUGUUGCGUUGGAAAGUACAAAUAAAUAUUUCAAAUUUGAUGACUAAAUUCAAAGUCAUCAUAGUGGAUAUAACGUUUUUACUGAACACUUGUAAGCCUAAUAUUGUCCAGGAUUUUUUUUAAUGUGCAAUAUACAUAUAUAAGUAUUUAUUAUAUUGCUGUAAAGUUUUACUAAAGCUGAAUACUGAAAGCAGUUGAUUCUAUAUGUUUUUAAUAUAUACUAAUUAACGUAUAUAAUUACCUAAUAAUUUUUUGUAUCGGUUAUUAUUGCUAAUCAUAAUAAGCGUAUACAUUUCUCACUAGCAGCAUUUAUAUAACCAAAGUUUUGUUAUAUUUGUUUAAAAUUUUAUCAAUGGUUUUGAAGCAACAAAGAGUUAUUGCUUGUUCCAUUUGUGUAUUGUUUAAUGUUAUUAUUUGUGAAUAGUUUAUUAUUAGCUACAUUUUAUCGAUAUCACAAUGUUUUUAGCACAUUGCUCUAGUCCUGAUACUUAUUACAAUGUAAUAAAUUAUGUAUAGGUUUAAAAUAAUUAUGCAUUUUUAUUAGAUGAUAAUCUGCACAUCAUGGUUUUGAAAUGUUUUUUUAUGUCUCUAUGCUAACAAGUUAUCAGACAGACUUAAAAUUUGUAAAAUAGUAUUGUAUGUGAAUGAUACUUCUCUCAAGAAUAUUAUUCAUAAUUACAAAUAAUAUUACAUUUAUCUGUAGCUGAAAUAGUUUAUAAUAAUAUUAAACUAGAAUUAUAUGCGCGAAAAUGGUAGAAUGUUUUUGUUAAUCAUGAAACUUGCAGUGUAUCUGUGUUUUUUAAAUACACAAUGACAUAACAUACUGAGGAGCAUUGUGAUUCUUGUAGAAUUAAGUUACUCCAACAGAAAAAGUAAAGCUUGAAAUUGCUGUCGCCGUGCAAUAACAGUUCAUUGUUAAUAACAUAUACUGUAAAUUUUAAAGACGUUUGAACAGAAACAGAAGUAUCUGAAUUUUAUAAUUAAACUGUAUUAAUGAAAACAUAUCAGUUUGUAUGUGGACGAAAAGCCAACUGUAAAAUGAGGGACUUUCUAACUUUUUAUCAACAAAAAAAUUGUUGACUUAAAUAUGUAACUUAUAAAAGGUAUUAAAAAUAUUUAUUACUUAAUGUUUAAAAAGUAUAAUAUACUAGAUCAUUUGGAAGAUACCACUUCUAGUAGUCAAAUUUGCAAAUAUAAAAUGCGUGCAAUUUUAAACGGCAAACAAUCUUUUUGAUGUUACAUUGUACAAGAUUCUUAUAGGUUGUCUACAUUUUAUUCGAUUAUUUCAUAUGUUUGUUUUAUACUUAGUGUAUACAUUAUAUAAAUUUCAGUGUAUCAUUAGGAAUGAAGCUUUCAAGAAGUAUGUUAUACACGUUUUAAAUUCGCGAAUUCUUUAACAGUUGUGUAUUACAUAAUUUAUUGUAAAUGUUUAUAAAAAUGCUGAGCAAUUAUUCCAUAUAAAUAAAUAAAUCACAAUGUAAUAUUAUAUGUAUGUUUGCAUAUGAAAUUUUCUCUCUUUAACAGAACUGAUUGUAUUAACAUAUAAAUUAUAUUUUUAUUUUGUAAUAAAUAGUAAUCAAAUACAGUGUUCAAUUUUAAGAGUAAUCGAUGGUUCUUUGUUUACUACAUACACUAGAUUAUAUUGGACUGUCAUUACAUAUAUUAGAAUAUACUUUGGAGCUGUACUUGUUGAAGAGAUAUGUCAAUUAAUUUUUCUUGUAUGGAUAAAUCUAAAGCAUCAGGAUGCACUGGACUAGGACGGCAGUUACUGAUAUAUGUACCACCAGAAUUUUCAACUGCUUCAUUUACAGCUGCAUAGGCAACAGAAAUAGCUCCUUGUUCAGGAGUCUAAAAAAAUAAUCUUUUAUUGCAUCUCUUAAACUUCAAACUCUAAUGAUUAUUACUUACCUUGAAAAUAUAUUUACAUAAUGUUCUAUAUCUAUAAACAUAAGAAUGUUGAAAAAGAUCUGUAAGCACCAAUCCUGGAUGUACGGAAUACACAUUUACAUUAUAUCCUUCAUCUUUCAAUAGUUUUUGUACUCUUUUAGUAAAUAUUUCUUGUGCCAAUUUACUUUGUGCAUAUGCCUCUUCAGUAAUAAAUCUAUGUCUGUUCCAAGGAAACAUAUUUUGUUAGCAGAAACAUGAAUUAUGUAUAAGCUUAAAAAAAUGAUGUAACUAGUUUAAACAAUGAUACAAUACUUGUUAUUAAUGUCUUUGAAGUUAAUUUUACCCAGGAGAUGAGCACAAGAGCUAACAUUGACAAUUCUACUAGAUUUUUCUGGAUUAUUUACACCUCCAGCUUUCAGUAAUGGUAAUAAAAGGACUGAUAAUAAAAAGUGUGAUAAAUAAUUUACAGCCCACUGUUCUUCAAAACCAUCUACUGUCUCUUUAUAAGGACAGAACAUAACACCAGCUAAAAGAAGUAAAACCAUACAUGUAUAUGAAUAUGUUAACAAAAUGGUAUUACAAGUUUUGUAACAUUAGCGAAUCUUACCAUUAUUUAUUAAAAUGUGUAUUUCUUUGUAGUCUUUUUUUAUUUCUGCAGCAAACUGUUUUACAGACUCUAAAGAGGCAUUGUCAAGUUUAUAUACCUUUGCAUGGCCACUUUUUACACCAGAUCCUCUAAUUUGGAGAAUUGCUGCUUCACCAGCACUAGGUGUUCUACAAGCUGUAAUACGUAUUUCAAAUACAUAUUGUAUUAUUAGCUCUCAGAGAUGAAUUGUAAAUUAAUGAACUAAUAACAAUAAAAUAA